UAACAUAUCAUUUCAAUGGCAAUCGAAUAUUUUCGGACGGUUGUUUUGUUUUGUGACUAUUGUUUAUUCGACAAUAUCAAGAUGGCUUUAGUGUAUUGCGUGUUGCGUACAAUUUGUUUAGUAGCGGGUGCCAUGAUGCCAUUUAAUCGCGGUGGCGUUGAUCAACCAUCUCUAAAAACCUAACCCUUUUGGUGGCGCGGUUGAAGCUGACAGACGCGUUUUUGAAUUACCUCUUCGAAAUAUCUAAUACAAUAAAAAUUAAACAACAAGAUGAUGGACGACUACACCCCGCAGAUCUGUAACCAUAAAGACUGCGGCAAGGUAUUCGAAAAUGUGGCGCAGUUGAUCAUGCAUAUGCAGGUUAUACAUUUUGAGCCAGAGGUAAACUACGACAUUAGUGACGAUGAAGAACUUGAACGAAUUCGUAUCAGGUCAAUCGAAGCAUACUAUAGGUACCGGCAAGGUUUUGACGUAUAUGCUUCAUCCUGGUCUCCUACUCAACAAGAGGUCCCGGCGACACCUAACUACAGCUACUUUGAUUCUCUGGUUCCAACAAAAAAGGAGAAACAUUUCCAGUGCACCUACUGCGUUCGAUCCUAUAAGACUUUUCGUAAUCUGAAAUCCCACCACAUUCAGUCUCAUCCUAGAUUCCCUCCGCCAAUUAAUCCAUCGCUGUUAAAGCAGGGUCGAACUCCAACCGCCUCCUUACCACCACGCCGUCAUAGUUCCGAUUCGUCCUCCUCGCGUGAAAAUUCCAACCCUGAUGACAUCGUCCAUAUUCAAAGGUUUUCGUUGUAUGACUAUGCUCCCAGAGAAGAUCCUUCAACGUCUGGGGCGGGUCCUUCGAAUAUGCAACACAUGGAAAUGGCUGGUCCGAUGACCCCUCCAGGUACUCCGCCAGGUCCAAGUUCUCCAACCGAAACUUCGCCGGCUGAGUCCGACUCGUCCAGCAGUGAUGAUGACGACUGAGCUUGAAGAUUAGCAUUAUAUUGUAGACCUAG